GGCACAAUGUCUCGACUUGCACUUCAUAUCAAAGCAAUUUUCUUUCGUGCACUACAGUCAAUAUUUACUUUCUACGAUCUUUACCUUUCACAGCCCAUUCCUCAACGAGCAUCUUUCACUCGUAGAAUCAAUUCAACCAUCAGCUCCAACCCAGGCUCCUUUGACCUCCUCUUCUUCACCCCUCCAUCUUACACUCUCCCCUCAACCACCAAAGCAAGUCCACCCAUCUUUUCCACGUCUUCAACCAAGAAACACCCUCUCCUAAUCAACUUCCACGGCGGCGGCUUCACAAUCGGACACGCCCGCGACGACCCCCGCUUCGCAACCUCCAUCACAACCCAAACUUCCGCCGUGGUAGUGAGCGUCAACUACCGCUUCGCACCCUCCUAUCCCUUCCCUACCGCCAUCGAAGACGGCGUCUCCGCCAUCCUCUGGCUCUGGAGACACGCUGACGAAUACAAUCUCGACAUCUCGCGCACAGCUCUUUCUGGGUUCAGCGGGGGUGGGAAUCUAGCUUAUGCCGUUGCUAUACGGCUGCAACAAGAACUGGAACAAUUGAGAAAAGAAGGAAAACUAGUGGGUGAGGGCAAGAUUGUGAGUCUAGUAAUAUUCUAUGGGAGUGUAGAUUGGACGCAAACCCGGCAAGAAAGAGAUGCCUCGAACCCGAACUUAAUCCCUACCAUUCCCCCUUCUCUAUUCAAAGUCUUCGACGAAGCGUAUCUGUACCCGAUGCCAGCUGAUAUGAGGGAUCCAUUGCUGAGUCCUGGAUUGGCGAGUGAUGAGGUGUUGAGGAAUGCGUUUCCGGAGAGGUUGAUGAUGGUUAAUUGUGGCGGUGAUCAGUUGUUAGCGGAGAGUGAGAAGUUCAGGGAGAGGUUGGUGGGGUUGGGGAAGAGGGUUGAUGGAGGUGUGGUUGAGGGGGUGGGACAUGCGUGGGAUAAGAAGGCGACGUUUGGAAGGGGGGAUGUGAAGAGAGAUGAAGCGUAUGCGGGGGCUGUGAAACAUUUGAAUGAGGUUUGGGCUUGA